AUGCAUAAUUUUUGCCAAGAUUUUGAAACUGUUACUCCUGAACUGUGGAUGGCAAAUGAGGAGGCAUGGAAAGAAAAACUUUUAAAACUACCAAAUUGGAAUAAGAUUCCUUUGGUAAACUCAAAUGCAUCCCACAACUUAUCAGAUGGUAAGUUGGUCCGUUUCCGUGGAAUGGUACAAGACAUGCAUAACACAGAAUUCUAUUUUGAGCAUUUUGAAGUUUUUAAUACAGUUACCAAUGAGACAAAGAUUAAAACAGGAAAAUAUACAGAUACAGCACAUAUACAGGAAAAUGAGAGAAUAAACUACACAGAAAAUCUAAAGAGUGGACAACGUCAGACUAUGGUGAUAAUAUCACUCCCAGGAUACAAUGAAUGGGCUCAAAAGCUUGAGGAUGAGCAGAAUCAUCUAAAACAUUUAGAGGAUCAACCGAACACUUCAAGACGUUUAGAGCCCACAAAACUAAAGAGAACUUACGACGAGACAGAAGAAAGUUCAGACGUUAUGGAAGUAGAAAAUGAAGGCUCCAGUAAAGAAAGACGGACCAAAGAGGACUUAAAUGAACCCUCUAAUGUAGUUUCCAGGGAGCAUCUACUUAAUUUUCCUUUGCCUGAUGUAGCGAGCAAAUCUUGUAUUGUGAAGAUAUAUGAUGAAAACGACAAUCUCAAGUUGAAUGACAUGAUAGAGGUAAUCGGUUUCCUGUCUGUGGACCCAGCUUUGUCUGGAGAGUUCCAAGAUAAGAAUUCCUUGGAACCCGUGAGUGAAACCGAAGUUGAGAUUAUAACUCACAACCCUCCGCCUAGCUUAGUCCCGAGGCUGCACGCUGUGUUUGUGAAAAAGUUGGAACAUUGCAACCCAUUAGUUAAGGAAGUAGAUCAAGUGAAAAUACUCAAUGAAGCGAACAUAGCUCGUGAACAUUUACUGAAGGCUCUCACAGAACUGUUGCUGGGUGAUCAGCUGGCCGCAGAAUAUCUUAUUUGUCACUUGAUAUCAAGUGUUUAUCUCCGUCAAGACACUAUAACCCUGGGUCAGUUCUGUCUAAACAUUUCCAACUUGCCGACACAGAAAUAUCCAAAUUAUGCUAAACAAUUAUACGACAUCAUCCAACAGUUUGUCACUAAAAGCUACUACCUGCCGCUCACAGUGGAUAACAUGAACACUAUGGCAUUACUACCAAAGAAAGAUUACGAGUGUAACAGAUUGACGAGUGGAAUUCUUCAACUGAGUAAGGACACUCAUUUGGUUCUCGAUGAAACACAAAUGCAACAAGGAAGGCUCGACGCGACAGGAGUCAACAACAUAACGGCGCUCGGAAGUUUGAUCAAAACACAGAAAGUUGAAUAUGACUUUAAAUAUUACAAGAUGGAGUUUGAUUCUGAUAUAUCUGUGCUCAUUCUCUCAGAAGGGAAGUCCUUACUGCCGAGUGACUAUCAUGUAUCACUCCGGCCUGAGAAGUCAUCUUUGGAGAUAUUUGAAGCCAUCAUUGAAGCGGCCACUUACUACUUGAAGGAAGACAUUAUGACCACAAUCAGGACUUAUAUAACCAACUUGAAGCUCGUCAAGUAUUCCAUAAGCGAGGAUUUACAGUUCGUCGAAGACGAUUUCAUAGAGAUGAGAAACGAUAGUGAAGAACCGGUUACAGCUGAUGAUCUGCACCGUCUGCUUGUACUGGCGAGGUUAGUGAGUCUCUCGCGAGGACACGACGCACUUACUGAGGAAUGUUGGAGAAUCACCAAGGAUAUGGAGAAGAAUCGGCUAUCACGACUGAAGAAUAAACCACCCACACUCUAA